AUGUCUCACAGUUCUCACAGUCACAGAGGGUAUCCCGGGUCAUUUCCCGUGCCGUCACCCCCGAGAAUGUAUGCGACGGAAGGAGAUCGAAGGAUGCGAUGCCUGCCUCCUUUGCGGAUGCGCUCUCCACCGCUGGUGCCAGCGCCCAAACGACACAAAUCCGAUUCGGUCCCAGCCAGCGAUGCCUCCGCAUACUACUCCCACUCGGUCACCGGGAGUGAACGCGCCCGCUCACGGCAAUCUUCUACCGCCAUGGACCUGUACACCUUGAUCAAUCGAGAUCCCCCAGCCGAUAGCGAUCCCCGGAGGAAUGCUAGGUUCACCAGCAUUGGGUCGGUAGCUACGCAGGCAUCCCAGGUGUCGAAUACGUCUCAAAUAUCGCGUUCAUCGCCGAUUAUCUUCUCCGAUCAUAAAAUCCCUGAAAAAUACCCACCCUAUAAGGAGAACGGCCGACUGUACCAUAGUUAUCGGAAGGGUACAUAUCCGCUCCCGUGCGACGAAAAAGAGCUAGACCGUCUCGAUCUCUUCCACCACCUGUUUAAGGUAGCCCGGGUUGGGGAUGAGUUAUUCUAUGCACCAUUGCCAUCGGAUGUGAAGACCAGAGUUCUCGACCUAGGCUGUGGAACAGGGAUCUGGGUCCUCGAUGUCGCAGGGAAGUUUCCCAAAGCCUACGUGCGAGGCUGUGACAUUGCCAAAAUGCAACCACCAAAACCAGAACAACCACCACUGCUUAAAGAACCCUGGUACGCGGAGAACCACGACUUCUUUGUUCCAUUCGACUUCGAGUCCCCUUGGACCUUAGGCGAGGAAUCAUGGGAUCUGAUCCAUAUGCAAAUGGGCAGCGGUAGCGUCGCAAGCUGGAUAAGCCUCUACCAUCGAGUCUACAAGCACCUUAAACCUGGAGCCUGGUUCGAACAGGUCGAGAUUGAUUUCCGGCCGCGCUGUGAGAACGAAAACCAAAAACCCGGCAAGGCGUUGUCCACCUGGUACUCGAAUCUGCAGAAAGCAACUGAAGCCACGAUGCGGCCGAUGGCGCAUAGUUCGAAAGAAACAAUUAAAAAUUUGCAAGACGCUGGCUUUACAGAGAUCGAUCACCAAACUGUCGGACUACCUCUGAACGAAUGGCAUUCGGAUGCAAAGGAGAAAAAGGUCGGCCGCUGGUAUAAUUUGGCCUUGAGUAAAAGCUUUCGCACUCUCAGCCUGGCGCCGUUCACUCGCGUUCUUGGAUGGACAGUAGAGGAGAUCGAUGCACUUGUCGAGGAGCUCGAACACGAGAUCGCCGAUGAGACGACUCACACUUUUAAUCUGCUGCACAUUUAUCAGGCGCGAAAGCCUCCUGUGCCCAAUUGA